GGCAAGGGUGGAAAGGUAAAGGACAAGGUUGGACCUAUAUCCAAAGGCAAGGAGGUCAAGGCACCUAAGCCCAAGCCACCGAAGGAGGGCAUGUGUUUCCAUUGCAAUAAUGCCGGGCAUUGGAAGAGGAAUUGGCCAGCUUACUCGGAAAAUCCGAAGAAGAAAGGAGGCGGGGCUUCCACAG